AUGGGGUUUGGAGUACUAGAUAUGCUCACUGUGAUCGAUCCUGAAAAACUUAGCGUGCACGGUGUUGCCUGGGUCAAAACCAAGAUCAAGCAGCGCUGUGACUCUCAAAAUGUGUCUUAUUCGCGUUCGAAGUAUAUCAAUUUUGGAACUAUUUUCACAAAACUUGGAUUGGACCAUAUCCGCCAGAACUGUGGAAUAUUUAUGGAGUACGACGAGAAAUUGUAA